AUGCUGUGGAAUCUACUGGCUGUUUAUCAGAUUGCCCAGAGGACCAUAAGCACUGCUUUUUGUAGGUAUUUUGAACAUAAAGUUCCAGAAAAGCAAAAGCUGUUUCAGGAGGAUAAUGGAAUUCCAGUACAUUUAAAGGGUGGGGUGACUGAUACCCUCCUCUACAGAGUAACCAUGGUUCUUAGAGUUGGUGGGAUGGCAAAUGCCAUAAAUCUGCUGGCCAUGACUUCCUUUCCCAAGAAGCAACACUGA